CAGCUCCCUCGGCGGCAGUGCUCUCCCACCCCACAGUCUGUGCAAGGCGCGUCUAGAAGCAACAAGUGCUGCUCCGUCUCAUCCCAGUGUCCGUCUGUUAUCACUACCAAUGUUUCUCAAUAGAGGCGAAGAGGUGAAGAAGUGGGGCAGCGGGGAAUACUGGGGCUUAGGGAAUGAGCAUGACCCUGUUUGGCUGCUGACGGAGAAGCAGAAGAAGAUUCAGAAUGACCUCAUAGAAGUCUGCAGGGUUAAGAUCAGACCCAAUGCGGCUCAGUGUGAUCGAGAAUAUCAGUAUCCUAGAAAGUCCUUGGAUGCUUUAGCUGAGCUUGGACUCCUUGGUCUCAUUGUGCCUGAGGAGUUGGGAGGUUUAGGGGAGAACCAUGUGUGCGUUGCCAUGGUGUGUGAGACUAUUGCCCGCUAUGGCUGCCCUUCUACUGCGAUGGUUUUUACCAUGCAUAUAGGAGCUGUUUCUACUCUGCUCUUCCGUCACCAUAACAACCCCAAAAUUAAGGACAUUCUAUCACGCCUGGAUAAGGAGAAGCUUGUUGGUACUCUCUGCUACUCAGAUCCUGCUACUGGUGGACACUUCUGGUUUCCAAUGUCAUCAAAGGUAAAAUGUCUUGAUGAACAAACCAUCAAGCUACUCAAGGUUGGAUCAUGGGCUACAAGUGCAGGACAUGCUGAUUGGUACACAAUUCAGACUGUCAGUCCCAACUAUGGUGGUGACUUUUCCAAUCUCGCCUGCUUCCUUGUUUUUAAGGAUGAAGUACGCGCUAACACAGAUGACUGGAAGGCACUGGGGAUGCAUGGCAACAUGUCAGGCCCACUGGUUAUUGAGGGCAAGUUUAACCUGGACAGAAUGAUUGGCCCACCUGGUGAUGGUGGUUUGAGUAAUGAUGAGUGUGUUGACCCAUUCUUCCUCCUGUGUACCUCUUCCGUCUGGAAUGGCAUCUCACUAGCCUGUCUGGAUAUAGCCAAGAAACAUGUCACUCGUAAGGCUCACGCUGAUGUAGGAAUGAGAGUGUGUGACUACCCAACCAUUCAGGAUUACUUUGGGGAAUGUACAAGUGACACCAACGCAUCACGGUCAUUUUCAUUUAUGUUAGCCAAUGCCUUGGACUUGAAGACCAAUAAUAAUGACUGGGGACUCCAUCUUGGCCCACAUUUUAAUAGAAGGGCAGGCAUGAUGCAUUGGCUGUGGCAGACCAAAUUUAAUGCUGCCAAGAAUGUCAAUAAUGUGACAGACAAGAUGCUGCAUGCUUGUGGUGGAACAGGAUACAAGACUGACUUGGGUAUAGAGCGCCUUCUACGGGAUGGCAAGGCUGGGUGGGUCAUGGGACCAUCCAAUGAGGUGUUACGCCAGUAUACCGGCAAAUUUGUUCUACUAGGUUCUGGAGCUAUUGACUAUUGGGACCAGCACGUCAACAAGCGAGUUAUCCAUCAGGAGCUUAAGAAGAUGACCUUGGAGGAGAAGCAAGAGUUGGCCAAAAGUCUUGCAGAAGAUGUGGAAUUAGAGAAGGGAGCUGAAAACAAACACCCAUUCCAAGAAACUGACUUUGAAAACCCCUUUCACACCUGCCCUCCUGCAGUUAAUGAUAAGAUCAUCAAGUCACAAGAUGGUGUGUGUCAUGCCCCGGCACUGAAGCCUGACAAAUGGGUACCACUUACCCUCAAGUCAUACACUAAUGUGAGUGACAAGAUGGGAGCUUUUGUUUUCUCUCUGCCUCAUGAUACUGACCAUACAGGAUGCUUUGCUGGACAGUAUGUUGUGGUUAAAGUUACCAUCAAGGGGAAGGAACAGCUGCGUUACUUCUCACCUGUGUCUUGUCCAACUGACUAUGGUUGUAUUGAAUUGGUUCUGAGAUUUGAGACACAGGGGCUUAUUUCUAGGCACUUCCAAGCCCUUAAACCAGGUGACAAGGUAGAAUUCCAGGGCCCUUGUGGAGGAUUUGAAUAUGAAGAAAACCAAUUAGAUGAGCUGACUCUGUUAGCAUCUGGAGGUGGCAUUACCCCAGGCAUGCAACUAAUUCGCCAAGUCAUGAGGAACCCCAGUGAUAAAACCAAGAUUAAACUUGUAUAUUUCUCUGAAAAUUAUGAUGAGAUUCUCUAUCGCGAAGAACUCGACCAGUAUGCAGCAAAAGAUGAUCGACUGAAGAUCGUAUACUCCCUGGGUGAAGCACCUGGGAACUGGGAGGGAGAAGAGGGUUUCAUAGACACCCAAAUGAUUGAUAAGCAUGUCUCCAAACCCAAUGGCAUAAAGCACAAGAUUGUAAUGUGUGGCGGCCCAAAUAUGAGCCUAUCGUGCCUGUAUUCCCUACGGUCACUUGGCUUCCCCUCUUCGUACAUUUUCAUCUAUGGACAGUUUGGGACAGAACAAGUGAAAACAGUGUAUGGCAGAAAUGUGAAGCUUUCUAACCAUCGCUGUGAUAAUGCUGUCUAAUACAUACCACAUGGAGUCUGUCAAUUGAAGAGAGGUUAAGGUAUAAAUCUUUGUGUGAGGGAUAGUAUAUGGGAGUAUAGACAAAGAUGCCAAAAAAUAUAAGUGAACUAUGAAUCACAUGGUUAACUG